AUGUCUGCAGCCUGGAUCCCGGGUCUUUGCCUCGGUGUCUGUCUGCUGCUGCUGCCGGAGCCCGCGGGCAGCCAGGGAGCCGUUCCUGUAGCUAUCACCUGCUUUACCAGAGGCUUGGACAUCAGGAAAGAGAAGGCAGAUGUUCUCUGCCCAGGUGGCUGCCCUCUUGAGGAAUUCUCUGUGUUUGGGAACAUAGUAUAUGCUUCUGUAUCGAGCAUAUGUGGGGCUGCAAUCCACAGAGGAGUAAUCAGCAACUCAGGGGGACCUGUGCGAGUCUAUAGCCUACCUGGUCGAGAAAACUAUUCCUCAGUAAAUGCCAAUGGCAUCCAGUCUCAAACGCUUUCCAGAUGGUCUGCUUCUUUCACAGUGACUAAAGGCAAAAGUGGUAACCAGGAAGCCACGGGACAAGCAGCAUCCACCGCACGUCCACCAACAGGUAAACGAUUAAAGAAAACACCUGAGAAGAAAACUGGCAAUAAAGACUGUAAAGCAGACAUUGCAUUUCUGAUUGAUGGAAGCUUUAAUAUUGGGCAGCGCCGAUUUAAUUUACAGAAGAAUUUUGUUGGGAAAGUGGCUCUAAUGUUGGGAAUUGGAACAGAAGGACCACAUGUUGGUCUUGUUCAAGCCAGUGAACAUCCCAAAAUAGAAUUUUACUUGAAAAACUUUACAUCAGCCAAAGAUGUUUUGUUUGCCAUAAAAGAAGUAGGUUUCAGAGGAGGUAAUUCCAAUACAGGAAAAGCCCUGAAGCAUACUGCUCAGAAAUUCUUCAAAGCAGACACUGGAGCGAGAAAAGGGAUCCCCAAAGUGGUGGUGGUGUUUAUUGAUGGCUGGCCUUCUGAUGACAUCGAGGAAGCAGGCAUUGUGGCUAGAGAGUUUGGUGUCAACGUAUUUAUAGUUUCUGUAGCCAAGCCUAUCCCUGAAGAACUGGGGAUGGUUCAGGAUGUUGCAUUUGUUGACAAGGCUGUCUGUCGGAAUAACGGCUUCUUCUCUUACCACAUGCCCAACUGGUUUGGCACCACAAAAUAUGUAAAGCCUCUGGUACAGAAGCUCUGCACUCAUGAGCAAAUGAUGUGCAGCAAGACCUGUUAUAAUUCAGUGAACAUUGCCUUUCUAAUUGAUGGCUCCAGCAGUGUUGGAGAUAGUAAUUUCCGCCUCAUGCUUGAAUUUGUUUCCAACAUAGCCAAGACUUUUGAAAUCUCGGAUAUUGGUGCCAAGAUAGCUGCUGUACAGUUCACUUAUGAUCAGCACACAGAAUUCAGUUUCACUGACUAUAGCACCAAAGAGAAUAUCCUAGCUGUUAUCAGAAACAUCCGUUAUAUGAGUGGUGGAACAGCUACUGGUGAUGCCAUUUCCUUUACUGUUAGAAAUGUGUUUGGUCCCAUGAGGGAUAGCCCCAACAAGAACUUCCUGGUAAUUAUCACAGACGGGCAGUCCUAUGAUGAUGUCCGAGGUCCUGCUGCUGCUGCACAUGAUGCAGGUAUCACCAUCUUCUCUGUUGGCGUGGCUUGGGCACCUCUGGAUGACUUGAAAGAUAUGGCCUCUAAACCUAAGGAGUCACAUGCUUUCUUCACAAGGGAAUUCACAGGACUAGAACCAAUUGUUUCUGACAUCAUUAGAGGCAUUUGUAGAGAUUUCUUAGAAUCCCAGCAAUAA